AUUGAAAGGCCACUCACAGAGUGCCAUCUGUUGGCCAACCAUUCCUCUUGAAUCUACUGGUGAUGCCAUUGAGUGGUAGAUAUCAAUGGCUCUGCAUCUGAUCCAAUCGCGACGGGUAUUAUACCCCGGGUCUGGAGAUAUACGCGACUAUAAGGACGGCACUAAAGUGACAUUUCACUUCCGAACCGUCAAACUGGCCGCCGAUGGCAGUGGCGGUGAUGAUGAGGACCAGUUGCAGGUGAUCGACGACUCGAGAAAGUGUGGCAAACCUAUGGAACUGAUUAUUGGAAAGAAGUUUAAACUGAUUUUAUGGGAGGAAUGGCUGAAACACAUGAGAGUCGGCGAAGUGUCGCGUCUGGUGGCCGACCAGCGCUUGUGUACUGACUAUCCAUUUGUGUCGAAAUGUUACCGAAAGUUCUCGCAUCAGAGCAACGCUUCCAACGGUUCCCAUGACGAAGAGGAAGAUAACAUACCGUCGCGUCGCUGUUGCGGAAUGGCACUAAAGACCGGGUUAGGUCACCAGGAUUUGGAUGAACUCGUCACACAUCCCUGUCCGCUGCAGUUCACUAUCGAGUUAUUAUCAGUUGAGUCACCCGAAGAAUACGACAAAGAGUUGUGGCAAAUGUCUGAAUCGGAACUAUUGGAAGCCAUACCUCGCUAUCGGACGGAAGGGAACCGUCUCUACUCUGGCGGUCAGCACCGGGAGGCCGACCAGCUCUACAGCAAAGCCGUCGCUAUUGUCGAACAAUUACUGCUGAGGGAAAAGCCGGGCGACGAAGACUAUCACCGCUUG